GCUGACAGGGGAGAGAUCUGUAUUGUUUACAUACAGGUCUCUGCCCCAUCUGUGACACACGUAGCAUAGCAGAGCCAUACAAAGCAGUGUGCUUACAGUGAAACACACACACAGCCUCCAUAGUAAAACAGCACACAGUUAACCCUUUGAUCACCCCACAUGUUAACCCCUUCCUGCCCAGUGCCAUUAGUACAGUGUCAGUGCUGUUUAAUAGCACUGAUCACGGUAUUAAUGUCACUGGGGAUGUCAGUGACACCAGGUUAUUUCCCCCCCCCAGUGUCAGAAUCCCCACUAUAAGUCGCUGA